AUGGGAUGUCUCCGCCUAAUACCCUAUGCAAAAGAAUGCUUAUGUGAAGACCAGAGUGGGUUUCGCAAAGGCAGGUCAACUAUAGAACAAUUAUCGGUUAUAGCACAUAUUAUAGAGAAGAAAUAUGAGUAUCGCCAGGAUAUGUGGCAAAUGUUUGUUGACUUUAGGAAAGCUUAUGACAGCAUACACAGAAAUAGUCUCUAUAAUUUAAUGGAAGAAUUUGGAUUCCAAAAAAAAUUUAUAAACCUAACCAAGCUGGCCAUGGAAGGUGUGAAGUACCAAGUGAGGGUAGACAAUAUUAUGUCGGAAGCGUUCAGCGUCGAAACGGGACUAAAACAGGGGGACACACUUUCCUCAUUAUUAUUCAAUGUCUUCUUUCUUCUUUCUUCACCUUAA